GAUAAUGAAUCGCCUCAUGAACACCAUUAGAGACAGUGUUGUUUACCGUGGCUUUAGCGAUGAUAAAGACGGACUCCUGGCUGGCUAGGGACACAUCUGGGUCGGUCUUCAUCAAGGCCUUGAUUCGCGCCAGCGGUAGUUUGGAGAGCCGGCUAUGACCCCCUGUGGCCGCGAGGCCCGUCAUCUCCUCCGUCGUCUUUGCGCACCCCCGACUUUCUUCCUCGCUUCCACCGCGGUCAGGCUCCAGUUCCGUGUGGGUGACAGGCGACGCUAGUGUCGCUGCCAUUUUUUCCUUUCUUCCACUGUAGCCAAAAGUAUAUCUUUUGUCGUGACAAAACAGGCGAACAUUAGCAUGUGUUUCCGGUGUCCCUGAGUUUACCGUGCGCUGAUUGGUCAAAAAGCUUCUCAUAUGUCCCGCCUUUUCCUCUCCCGCCAACUAAAAUGUCGUCUGUGAUUGGCUUCACGGGAAACUAACGCUUUGCCAUUGGCCGGAAGUGCACGCUCAUCGAAAAUGUUUUGCUGCCUUAAGAGCGUUUAAAGCUAUAAAUACUUUCAUCACACAGGCUCAAUGGAUUGUCUAAUGAAGAUAGCUUCACUUGUUCAGUCGCAGUCAAGUGUUGCAGCCUGAGAGACAGUAUGAAGGACUCACAACAUGCAGCCUUGAAAACAAAGCUUUGGCCAAAGCAGAACGGCCAUAAAAAAGCCAAAGAUGAGUCGCAGAAGCUGGAAAAGAUCCCCAAGUCGCCACCUUCUGCUUUUGCUGUUUCUGUGAGAAGAGUCGUCCCGCAGCUGAGCGAUGCUGAGAGGAUGCGGCAGGCGCCAUUCGAGAGGGCGGUCUACGACCUGGCACACAACGAGAGGAUGGUCAAUGACAUCAUCCUCGGGCGCAGGGUUGGAUUCUACGAGCUACGCGGAGAGGUUGGGCAGGGUAACUUCUCCUCUGUCAGAUUGGGCAUCCAUGCUUUGACCAAAGAAAGAGUAGCAGUGAAGAUCAUGGACAAGCAGCGCCUGGAAAAGGGAGGCGAGGCUUUUGCCUUCUCAGAAAUCCGCUGCAUGGAAAAGCUGUGUCACCCCAACGUGGUGCGUCUGUACGAGGUGAUGGAGACCAGCAGGAAGCUCUACCUGGUGAUGGAGUACGGCAGCGGCGGCGACCUGUUCUCUCGUAUCACCACGAGGGGGAAGCUGACCGACUUUGAGUCCAAGCUGAUCUUUGCACAAGUGGUGUCUGCUGUGAAACACAUGCAUGACAACAACAUCAUCCACAGGGACCUCAAGGCUGAGAACAUAUUCUACACCACCAGCUACUGCAUCAAGGUGGGUGACUUUGGCUUCAGCACCGAGAGGGGACCCAACGAGCCGCUCACCAAUUUCUGUGGCUCCCCACCGUAUGCAGCACCUGAACUCUUUCGGGAAAAAGGCUAUAUGGGAUGCUACUCGGACAUCUGGGCUUUAGGUAUUCUUCUCUACUUUAUGGUGACCACCACUUUGCCUUUUUUCGGGGACAGUUUGAGGAGGUUGAAGCGUUGCAUCCUUCAGGGGUCCUACAGCAUCCCCGCCUAUGUGUCUGACCAGUGCCAGAUUGUCAUCAAAGGCAUGUUGCGUCCAGUACCAGUGGACCGCUCCUCUCUUCGCCAAAUAUCAGACAGCGAUUGGCUCAGGGGGAUCGAGCGCCCUCGUCCUUACGUAUCCCUGCCUCUGUCCCCGGCCCACUUUGCUCAGGCUGCUCCGGUUCUAAGUGAAGAAGAGGAAGAAGUGAAAACUCUAAUGUCUGAUCUGGGAAUUUUGGCACUUCAUUUGCAAAACAACCCCUGUUCAGACUCCAAGAGCCCACUGACCGGUACUUACCGCAUCCUACUGCACCGGGUGCAGAAGAGGAGGUCUGUGGAGGCUUUGGGCUAUGCGGCGCUUCGGCCAGAUGAGUGCAAGAGUUCGGCCAACUGGUGUGUAGCGUCUGUGGACAAACACAACCCCUCUGCUGUCUGUCUUAUACUCUGACACAAUGGAAUAUGUGGGUGCUCACUCCUUCACCACUUAAGUGGGGUUGGUUGGGCGGUGGGGGGGUGGCAGAUUGAAAAACCCCGUUUUACGGUAUGCAUGUCUUUAUGAAGAGACUCUUAUCCUUUUGAAUGAAACCUUGGUUUUCCAACACCCAGGUUCUCACUGAUCAUAUAAUAUUGCGCUAGAGCAAAUGUUGAAUCUUCCGCUUAUUAAUAAAGCCCAACCCCACUUGGAGAACUUGGAGAAUAUAUACGUAUACAUAUAUACCGUAUUUUCCGGACUAUAAGUCGCACUUUUUUUAUAGGUUGGCUGUGUGACUUAAUGUGACUUAUACUCCAGUGCGACUUAUGUAUUUUUUUUCUACCUAAUUAUGCAUUUUUGGCUUUGUGCGACUUAUACUCCGGAGCGACCUAUAGUCCAGAAAAUAUGGUAUAUAUAUACUAGUCCUUCUCAAAAAAUUUGCAUAUUGUGAUAAAGUUCGUUAUUUUCUGUAAUGUACUGAUAAACAUUAGACUUUCAUAUAUUUUAGAUUCAUUACACACAACUGAAGUAGUUCAAACCUUUGUUUUAAUAUUGAUGAUCGCGGCAAAAAAGUAAAGCAAAAAUAAAAAUCCCCAUCUAAAAAAAUUUGCAUAUUCCAUCUGACCAAUAAAAGUGUUUUUAAUACAAAAUAAAAGGCUUGAACUACUUCAGUUGUGUGUAAUGAAUUUUUUGAGAUAGGGAUUUUUGGUUUUUCUUUACUUUUUUGCCACAAUCAUCAAUAUUAAAACAAAAGGUUUGAACUACUUCAGUUGUGUGUAAUUAAUCUAAAAUAUAUGAAAGUCUAAUGUUUAUCAGUACAUUACAGAAAAUAACGAACUUUAUCACAAUAUGCAAAUUUUAGGGGUUUUUUGUACUUUUUUGCCACAAUCAUCACUAUUAAAACAAUAAAAGGCUUGAACUACUUCAGUUGUGUGUAGUGAAUCUAAAAUAUAUGAAAGUCUAAUGUUUAUCAGUACAUUACAGAAAAUAACGAACUUUAUCACAAUAUGCAAUUUUUUUGAGAUAGGGAUUUUUGUUUUUUCUUUACUUUUUUGCCACAAUCAUCAAUAUUAAAACAAUAAAAGGCUUGAACUACUUCAGUUGUGUGUAAUUAAUCUAAAAUAUAUGAAAGUCUAAUGUUUAUCAGAGCAUUACAGAAAAUAACGAACUUCAUCCCAAUAUGCUAAUUUUUUGAGAUAGGGAUUUUUGGUUUUUCUUUACUUUUUUGCCACAAUCAUCAAUAUUAAAACAAUAAAAGGUUUGAACUACUUCAGUUGUGUGUAGUGAAUCUAAAAUAUAUGAAAGUCUAAUGUUUAUCAGUACAUUACAGAAAAUAACGAACUUUAUCACAAUAUGCAAAUUUUAGUUUUUUUUUUUUUACUUUUUUGCCACAAUCAUCACUAUUAAAACAAUAAAAGGCUUGAACUACUUCAGUUGUGUGUAGUGAAUCUAAAAUAUAUGAAAGUCUAAUGUUUAUCAGUACAUUACAGAAAAUAACGAACUUUAUCACAAUAUGCUAAUUUUUUUGAAAUAGGGAUUUUUGGUUUUUCUUGCCUUUUUUGCCACAAUCAUCACGAUUAAAACAAUAAAAGGCUUGAACUACUUCAGUUGUGUGUAAUGAAUCUAAAAUAUAUGAAAGUAUAAUGUUUAUCAGUACAUUACAGAAAAUAAUAAACUAUCACAAUAUGCAAUUUUUUUGAGAUAGGGAUUUUUGUUUUUUCUUUACUUUUUUGCCACAAUCAUCAAUAUUAAAACAAUAAAAGGCUUGUGUGUAAUGAAUCUAAAAUGUAUGAAAGUGUAAUGUUUAUCAGUACAUUACAGAAAAUAACUAACUUUAUCACAAUAUGCUAAUUUCUUGAGAAUGGAUCUCCAUCAGGUACAUUUAUUUUGAUAAUCUUAUCAUUACAUGCUGCUUUAUUUGCUGUAAAAUGUUGCUAAAUAUGUGCAUAUUGUGGACAUCCUGUCCAGCCAUUGGGGCAGAUAGUAUUAUUGAGAUUAAGAUUUUGAUUUUGUCCUGUCAUUGACCAAAACAGCAAUGGAAUAGGAGCAUGUGUAUGUGUGUAAGUCUGUCUGUAGAAGAGGACAUUUCCUUUGGGAACACGAUGGAGUGCUUUUGCUUUCAGAUUGAAAUUCUUUAUGGACUUAGCAUGUCCACUUAAUGCCGUGCUAAUCUUUGACAGCCGCCUGCCAGUGUCUGAUCAGCACUGAUGCUAAUGAUAAGCUUUUUGUCCAUUCCCGCCAAGCCAACCCUGUUCCCACAGGAAUGGACACGUUGUGUGUGCACGCCACCCUGGCUUGUUGUUUAUGUAAGAAUCUUGCUCAAUCUUCAUUCCAAAUCCAAAGUCCUCCUUAAUGCUGUAUUUAUGAAAAGUCAUCCAGUAAGUGAUUAUACCUUUGGCUGUGCUAAUGUGCGCCAUUUGCUAACAGCAUACAGGUAUCGAACACAGAAAGGGUUAAAAAACAUUUAGCUUAAUUACUAAGGUGAAUGUUGAUUCGUUAAUAACCCAAUCAUCAUUUAUUUCAUGACAAAUUAUGUACAAUGUAGGCUGCACGGCUAGCAGACUCGAGUUCGAUUCCACCCUCGGCUUCCUCCCCCAUUCCAAAAACAUGCUAGGUUAAUUGCCGAGUCCAAAUUGUCCAUAGGUAUGAAUGCGAGUGGGAAUGGUUGUUUGUCUAUAUGUGCCCUGUGAUUGGCUGAUUGGGCUAGGAGGCCACGCCUCCCCACAUGGCACCCAUUUUUAGUCAGAAGAACAUGUUGGAUCUAGACUUGAUAAGUUGGUCUACAUAGAUGGGUUUGUUGACAUAAAUGCAACACUAAAUAAACAACCAAUACUCUCUGCAGUUAAGUACUGUUGAUAAAGACUGCCACUCCAAAAUCUUCAUUUGCUUUGGAACCCAAGGAACACAUUCUCCUUCAGCACAAUUCAUGCUCCCAUUAAUUGGGUCCUGAAGCAGCAGACCAUCACACUACCACCACCAUAUUUUACUGUUGCUAUGAAAUGCUUUUAAACCAGACCACAGAGUAUUUUCCCAAAGGUCUUGGGGAUCAUUAAGAUUUUUUUCUGGCCAAAUGGAGAUCAGCCUUAAUGUUCUUUUUGUUCAGCAGUGAUUUUGGUCUUGGAACUCUGCUUUGCAGGCCGUUUUUGCCCAGUGUGGAGUCAUGAACACGGACCUUAACUGAGGCAAGCGAGGCCUGCACUUCUUUGUAUGUUGUUGUGUGUGGAUGUUGAUGUGGUCUUUUGUGGGGUUUUCAUGGGGUUAUUUUGUUUGGCCGGCCAUUUGUGAAUAAUGGCUCUUACUGCGGUUGGCUAGAGUCCCAAAGUUGUAGAAAUGGCUUUAAAAUCUUUUCCACAUUGAUAGAUCUCAAUUAAUCUCACUUUAAGUUAUGUUGUGCGG